GUCCCAUUCGUCAUUGAGUCAAUACUAUACCGCCAAGUGCAAAAACAAACAGCAAGAUCACGAGGCAUCGACAAGUGUAUAAAACGGUUGGAAAAGUCAAAUCUGUAUUGACCAUUUUGUCCUCGUAUCCAGAGGAGAGAGAGAGAGAGAGAGAGACAGAAAGAGAGGGAUCAACCUCCAUCACACUUUUGCCAGCGUUGCAGAGAGAGAAAGUUCAGUGAUCUGGAAUUGGCAACCCAAAAUUCAGAGCUCGCUCUUCGUCUACUGCUUUCUCUCUGUGUCUCUGUCUCUCUCUCUGAGCCAGUGAAUUCAAUCACUCACUGAAAAAAAAAAAAAAAAAAAAAGUUGGUAGAGCAUGGUAGCAAGUUCUAAUCCACAAUUAACUCCAUAACCUCUUCUUUUUCUCUCACUCUCUCUCUCUGUCUUUCUCUUUUAUUUAUCAAUUUUCUAUCUAUUUUCUUUGCUUCAACAAAAACAAUUCACACACAUUUUCAUCAUCUUCUUCAUCUUCUACGAUGCCGGGCUUGGUUUCCGUCAAAACCCCACCGGAGGCACCGCCGCUCCGAAUCUCAGUCCCAGAAACCCAGACCCAAACCCAGUCCCAAAGAUCCGAACCCGGAAUCUCCAAAACCCCAUCCCCACUUCCCAAAAAGCCACCUUCCCCUUCCCCUUCCCGAUCCAAACCAUCUCCGGAUCGUCGCUCUAAAAAGCCCCAGCCUGAGAGUCCGAACCCGAUCUUAUCCGAAGCCUCGCUCGACAAUCCGGAUCUCGGACCGUUCCUUCUCAAGUUGGCUAGGGAUACUAUUGCUUCCGGUGAAGGUCCCACUAAAGCUCUGGACUAUGCGGUUCGAGCUUCAAAGUCGUUCGAGAGGUGUGCGGUAGAGGGCGAGCCGAGCUUGGACUUGGCUAUGAGCUUGCACGUGUUGGCGGCUAUAUAUUGUAGCUUGGGGAGGUUUGAGGAGGCAGUGCCGGUCCUGGAGCGAGCCAUUAAGGUACCUGAUGUAUCGAGGGGUGCGGAUCACGCGCUCGCGGCGUUCUCUGGGUAUAUGCAAUUGGGGGACACGUUUUCGAUGCUCGGCCAGGUGGACCGGUCCAUUUCUUGCUAUGAGGAGGGCUUGAAGAUCCAGAUCGAUGCCUUGGGAGAGACCGAUCCUAGAGUCGGAGAGACUUCCAGGUACUUGGCUGAGGCCCAUGUUCAAGCAAUGCAAUUUGAUAGAGCAGAAGAAUUGUGUAAGAAAACUCUUGAAAUUCAUCGCGUACAUAGCGAACCAGCAUCUCUUGAAGAGGCAGCUGACCGUCGGCUUAUUGCCCUGAUAUGCGAGGCAAAGGGUGAUUAUGAAUUAGCCCUUGAGCACCUUGUCCUUGCCAGCAUGGCCAUGAUUGCAAAUGGACAAGACAAUGAGGUUGCCGCUAUUGAUGUCAGUAUAGGCAACAUCUAUAUGUGUCUUUGUCGUUUUGAUGAGGCUAUCUUCUCCUACCAGAAGGCACUAACUGUUUUUAAGGCAUCAAAGGGUGACAACCACCCUUUGGUUGCUUCUGUCUUUGUACGGCUUGCUGAUCUGUAUCACAGAACAGGAAAGCUCCGGGAGUCCAAGUCAUACUGUGAAAAUGCCCUGAGAAUAUAUGCCAAACCUGUGCCUGGGACCACAGCAGAAGAGAUUGCUGGUGGGCUGACUGAAAUUUCGGCCAUUUAUGAGUCCAUUGAUGAGCCUGAGGAGGCAUUAAAGCUUCUGCAGAAGGCAAUGAAGUUGUUGGAAGAUAAACCAGGACAGCAAAGCUCAAUUGCAGGAAUAGAAGCACGGAUGGGGGUGAUGUUUUACAUGGUUGGGAGAUAUGAUGAAGCACGGAACUCUUUUGAGAGUGCUAUUGCAAAACUUAGAGCAAGUGGAGAGAGAAAAUCAGCCUUCUUUGGGGUUGUGUUGAACCAGAUGGGAUUGGCUUGUGUGCAGUUGUUCAAGAUAGAUGAGGCUGCUGAAUUGUUUGAAGAAGCUAGGGGGAUACUAGAACAAGAGCGUGGAUCUUGCCAUCAAGAUACCAUUGGGGUAUAUGGAAAUCUUGCUGCAACCUAUGAUGCUCUGGGGAGAGUUGAAGAUGCAAUUGAGAUCCUGGAGUUUGUUCUUAAAUUGCGGGAAGAAAAGCUCGGAAUUGCAAAUCCUGAUUUUGAAGAUGAGAAAAGAAGGCUAGCUGAGCUGCUGAAAGAAGCAGGUAAGACCCGAGAUAGAAAAGCAAAAUCCCUCGAAAACCUCAUUGAUCCAAAUUCUAAGAAGACCAAGAAGGAAGUGACAAAGAGGUGGCCUGGCUUGGGUUUUAGAAUUUAAAGGGAAAAUUCCUCUUCAGUAUCCAUAUGCUUUUACAAGUGCACAUUCUGUAACAUAUAAGAUCAUGUACAGGGUUGAUGUUUUAAUUUUGUCAAGGUUUCCUGUUACUUGAGCUUUGAAAUUCUCAUUUAUUUUUCUCUGUUUAAUUGUUUUAUUGAAUGUCUGAAUUUUGAGCUUGAAGUUGUUCACUUGAAAGAGAAGAUGUUCAUCUGCGUGAAUAAAGUUCUUGUGUUUUCUCCCUCGUCA